ACAAAAAGGAGAAAAAGAAUAAAAAACAUGAUAAUUUUUUAAUCUUAAAAGGUAGUUUCAAUAGAUAAGAAAACAGUUGUAAUUAGUACAUUUUGACAUGAGCUUAAUAAUCUCGAAUUGUUACAAUUUGUACAGUUACGAUUUGACAUUUCAAUACAUGACAUCAUAAGUUUCUAGCUUUAUUGCAUGUAACAAUAAUUUUAUACAUUGUUAUGUACAUAGAAGAACUAAGUGGAUUAAUAUAAUAUCAAGGAAAUUAGAAAAAUGAUGGCUUCAGAAGUAGGUUCUACAAACAAUGAACCUGUACAUGUCAAGAUCAGUAAUGAAAAAGCUCCUCUAAUCCAUGGAAGAAGUGUUCUAUAUAGAUUAAGCAAUUUCUUUAAAUUUGGACGAGUACAACAGGCAGAAGGAGAUGGAUAUGUAGAAUUUGGUACUUUGAAUGCAGAUAGUAGCCGGACUUUGGGAACAUUCGCUGGUGUAUUCAGUCCUGUUACAUUAUCGAUGUUCAGUGCCUUAAUUUUUAUACGCAUGGGAUAUAUCGUAGGCAAUGCUGGAUUACUUGUUACUUUGAUACAAUUCAUAAUUGCAUAUGGAAUUUUGUUAUUUACUGUAGCAUCUGUAUGUGCAAUUUCAACAAAUGGAGCAGUUGAAGGAGGUGGUGCUUAUUUUAUGAUUAGUCGUACACUUGGACCAGAAUUUGGUGGUUCUAUUGGUACAUUAUUUUUUAUGGCUAAUAUUGUCUCGAGUGCUCUUUGUAUUUCUGGAUGUGCAGAAGGUUUGAUAGAAAGUUUUGGACCAUCUGGUUAUUUAGUUGGUAAAAGUGCACUGAUACCAGAUGGUGGAUGGUGGAGAUUUUUAUAUUGUUCUAUAUUAAAUACUGCCAAUUUAGUAGUAUGUCUAAUAGGAGCUGCAAUGUUUGCAAAAACUAGUGUUGCAAUUUUGGCUGUUGUAUGUGUCUGUCUAAUAAGUGUCUUUAUAAGUUUUUUGGCCAAGGGAUAUAUGGAGAUACCAAUUCCAAAUGCGAAUAUGCUGGUUCAAAAUGCAACAGAACAUGUUAAUGGCACUUAUACAGGAUUGCUGUCAUCCACUCUUAUAAGGAAUCUUUACUCAAAUUAUAGUGCAGAUUAUUCAAGUAAAGGAACAAUGACUGAUUUUGCAAGUGUUUUUGGUGUAUUAUUCAGUGGCGUUACUGGUAUAAUGGCUGGUGCUAAUAUGAGUGGUGAAUUGAAAAAUCCAGGGAGAAACAUUCCACGUGGAACUUUGUCAGCAGUAUUAUUUACAUUUAUAUGUUAUAUUCUUCUAUCUAUUCUUACAGCUGCAAGUACAAGUCAAUUUUUAUUGCAAAAUGAUUUUAUGUAUAUGAUGCCAAUUAAUAUUUGGCCACCAUUCGUGGCAGUUGGUAUAUUAACAGCAACAUUUAGCGCUGGUUUAAGUAAUUUGAUAGGGUCAAGUAGAGUUUUGGAAGCUCUAGCAAAAGAUAAUGUAUUUGGUUCUGGUUUAAAUUUUAUAAUACAAGGAACAUGGAAAGGAAAUCCAAUUGCUGCAGUUUUAACUUCAUGGACUUUAGUUCAAAUAAUUUUAUUAAUAGGUUCUUUGAAUAUCAUUGCUCAGCUUAAUUCAGUGUUGUUCUUGUUAAGCUAUUUGGCUACUAAUUUAGCCUGUCUUGGUCUUGAACUUGCAAGUGCUCCAAAUUUUAGACCAACGUUUAAUUAUUUUACAUGGCAUACGGCUACAAUUGGUCUUCUCGGUACAUUAAUAAUGAUGUUUGUUAUAAAUAGUAUUUAUGCUUCCAGCAGUAUAAUACUUUGCCUAAUUUUAAUCAUUGUGUUGCAUUUAUUUUCGCCAAGUAAAAAUGCUCCUUGGGGAAGCAUAUCUCAAGCACUGAUAUUUCAUCAAGUUCGAAAGUAUUUAUUAAUGUUAGAUUCACGUAAAGAUCAUGUAAAAUUUUGGCGACCACAAAUACUGCUAAUGGUAGCAUCUCCACGAUCAGCGUGUCCACUUAUAGAUUUUGUAAAUGACUUGAAAAAAGGAGGACUGUACGUAAUAGGACACAUAAAAGUUGGAGAAUUUUUGGGCCAGAAUAUCGAUCCCACUAUAGAAGAGUAUCCACAUUGGCUAAGUUUAGUUGAUCAUAUGAAAGUAAAGGCAUUUGUCGAACUAACAGUUACGAAAACUGUACGCGAGGGAUUACAUCACUUAAUUAGGAUAUCGGGAAUGGGAGCUAUGAAACCAAAUACAAUUGUUCUUGGUUUUUAUGACGAAGAAGCAUCGAUAGAUUUCUUCAAGAAUUCACAGUAUGCGACUGAUAUAUUUGAGAACGUUUCAACCUUAUCAAACAGUACUGCGUUUCCUUUAAGACAAACAAAUGCAGAAAAAAAUCUGGAUCCAAUACAAUAUGUAGGAAUGUGUUCAGAUGUGUUAAAGAUGAAAAAAAAUUUGUGUUUAUGUCGAAAUUUUCAUACAUUAAACAAAUUACAAAUAACUAAGAAUUCUUCUUUAAAAUAUAUAGAUGUAUGGCCUGUGAAUUUUUUCCAACCAACAGAUCAAGAUCCAUUUGAUACAACAUCAUUAUUUAUGUUGCAACUUGCAUGUAUUAUUAAUAUGGUACCUAUAUGGAAAAAUCUACAUCUCAGGGUAUUUCAUUGUGAAGUUUCAGAUAAUAAUGCAAGUUUGAGCGUCUCAGAUUCACAUAAUUCGAUUAGCGAAUUUCCUCGAGUUUCUAACGAACUUCGUAUAAGAAAAUUAUUAAAUAUGUUGAGAAUAUCAGCAUCUAUUAAACAAAUUCCUAAUUGGGGUACGCAAAUAAGUGGGUUAAAGGGCCAUUCUCUCAUUGAUUCGGCAGUGGAAAGUCAAUAUGAAUCGAGUACUGAAAGUAACGAUAUCUUAAGUAAUGUUUCACGUGCUUAUAUUUUGAGUGUGAAUCAAUUAAUUAGACAACAUUCUUCACAAACUGCUACAAUAUUUAUAUAUUUACCUGCACCUCCAAUAUCAAAUACAUGGGAUGAAAAUACUUUAUAUCGUCAGUAUCUCCAACUGUUAACAGAAUUAACAGCAGAUUUACCACCCAUAGUAUUAGUACAUGGUGUGAGUGCUGUUACAUCGACAACAUUAUAAUAAUAUGUAAAUAUAGGAAUAGAAAUUCUUAUUGUGUAAUUUCUAUACAGAAAAGUAUUAGUUAAUGAAUAAUUUAUAUGACCUUAAGUUAUAAUUUUUAUAUAUGCUAUGUUUUUGGAAAAAUUACGGGAUUUGAAAAAAUUCUCAAAUACCAAAAAUGUUUCUUUUUACAAACUAACGAUUAUGAGCAUUUCAGCAAUAAUAAUGCGUUCUUAUUACAAUAAGAAAAUCUCGUAACGAAUAUAGAUUAUUGCUGUGAUAACGAAUUUAUUCUAUAAGAGAAUCUUUAAAUAUAAAUAUUUUUUAAAUAUUGUAAUACGUCUUUACUAAUAAAUCCGUAAGCUGAUAUCUUAUCAUAUUCAUA